GAAUUUUUACUUUUGCUCAGUGAAAAAGUAAAAAUAAAGUUCAGCCAUUGCCAAUCUCUGAAAAUUUCGUUCACCUUUCGUCUUCUUGCCUAACAAACAAAUUUCACAUAAAGAUUACACAAAAAGCCCCAGGGACAGAUAGAGUUCAUUGAAAGGGGUAAAAGAAAUGAGUGAGGUUCUUAAAAUAGAUGAUUCUAGAGAGCUAGACCACAACUUUGCCAUUGAUGGAGAAGAAAAGGCUGAAGGUCAUGGUUGUGGAAACUUAGCUAUGGAUAAUGAAAUUCAAGUGGAGUUUAAAAAGCAGGGCCCACAGGAUUCCUCCUCUCUUCAUGUUGGUUUGAGAGAGGACAAUCUGAGAUGCAGUUAUGGUAAAUCCCACUCUGUUCCAAAUGAAUUUGAUCAAGACAAUGCGAGGAGAACAAAUAUUGAUUAUGAUCGGGAGAGGACACAGUCUCCUUCCAAUGGUAAACAUUACCGAGUUGAGAUGGAUGAGUUGCCCGGCAGUUAUUUUCAUAAAUCCUCCUUUGAAUUUAAGGCACAAACUUUGCACAACGAAAGGGGAACCGAAAGUUCUGCUCAUCCACAGGAGUCUCCUCUAGCAGCAGAUAGCAACCAAGUAGAGGAAACAGAAUGCAAUCCCAAUGCAGAUAAGCCAAAUAUCAGUCACCAAGAUGAAGAAAUUAAAGAUCCUUCUGUUGAGAAGUCCGUAUAUGAGUUUAGUAACUCAGGUGAUGGUGAAGGUGAACCUAAGAAUGAAGUGUAUAACUCCUCAAAAAAUUCUGCAUCUGAGAGUGGAAAGCUAGAUAUGUCACAUUCUAUUUUACACUCUCCUGGGAACACCCACGGGAGAACAGCAUCACCAGUGACAGUUAACCAAAUGUUGGUUUCACCGGAAGGAUCUCCACUCUUUCACCUGUCUCCCAAUGGCCAUAGGCUAUCCCUGCCUUUACGAGAAGGUAUCCAAGAUGAAUCGCAUUCCCAGACCCAACAUAAAAAGAAGUAUUCUGCUUUGCCUGAAAGGUCUGAUCUAGCUAAAAGAAUUUCACCAAAUGAUCAUUUAUCUCCCUCUGCUUCUCCAAAGAGGUCACAGCAUAAGAAAUUUUCAUCCUUGAAACACGUGUCUACUUCUCCAGAACCCUGCUACUCACCUAAAAAGUACCAAAGGCAUGAUAGAUCAAUGUCAAGGUCACCCAUUCAGCAUAGGGAUACCUCUUCUGGAUAUGGGAGAGAUUAUCAUGGCAGAUCUCACUCUAGAUCCCCGUAUAUGAGAGAUCAUCAUAGAUCUUCCAGGAGAAGGUACUCACCAGGGCGAAGAUCUCCUCAUGGAUAUCACCAUCGCCGCUACUCUCCCAGGCGGAGGCCCUGGUCACCUCCUCCUAAUCGAAAAACUGGAAUUGGGAAACCCGGGAAGAAUCUAUUUGUUGCAGGAUUUAGCUUUUUGACCACAGAAAGAGAUCUUGAGAGGAAGUUUUCUAGGUUUGGCCGUGUUCGAGAUGUUCGUAUUGUUCGGAAUAAGAGGUCAGGGGACUCUCGUGGAUUUGGCUUUCUAUCCCUGGAAACAGAUGACGAUGCAGAUGCAGCAAUCAGAGCCCUAGAUGAGACUGAAUGGAAUGGUCGUGUUAUCCUUGUUGAAAAGUCAAAAUCCACACAUUGAAACAAUAGUUUUAGUAUUUAUGGUCAACAGCUCAUUUGUAUUUUGGAUAUCGACUUCAGCAAAAUAGUGUAACUUUAUAUUACUUGACAAAUAUGUCUGAAGGGAAUAGAUAUAAAUUUGCUUUAGUGUUCAACAAAACAA